AUUAUUCAUUGUUAUGUUCUCCAACGCCUAGAUGGGAGAGUAAAAGCUUAAUUGAUAAUUAAUAUUUAUUCAAUGAAUGAAUGAAGACAACCCUGAGGACUUUCGCGAGGGAGAUGCAGAAGUGUAAAACCUAUGAAAACUAUGCGCCCUCUGCAGGCGAGGGUGGGUAGCUCCUCUAAGGAUUACCGUGGGAGACUGUCGGAUGCUUUCACUUAGGUAAAGCAUUCAGACAACUCCAAGCAUCCUCUAGGAGCCCCCAGGGUAAAACUAACUUGUUACUUCGCUUCCCAACCCUUUUUGCGUUGCCGGCGAAAUCUUAUCCGGGUUGCGGAGGUCCAAUCGGAAGGAGGGCCCAAAUCCCGCGAGAACAAGUGGCGAGUAGCGCUCCACAGAAAGCGGUGCUUUCGGUUUGGUAUCCCCUCUGUGUGCCUGGCUUCUUGAGGGCCUGAUGCCUCACCCCAGAAGGGGAAGAAAGGCACUGUGGACUUUUCCAAUUUUGCGUCCGGAUUUCUGAAAACUUCGGAGCCGUCCCGGCCGUUCCGCGGACUGGGCAGCCAGUACCCGCGGAAAGUGGGUUGCCCAGCUGGGGCCAGUGGCUGGCGCGCUUCCUCUGCACUAUGAAGAUGUCGGAGGAGCGACUUUUAUCGCCGGACAGGCUUUCUUCAUACCAGGCCCCAGCUCCAGCCUGUCCUUUUCCUCAGGAUUCCCUGAUAGACAAAAAUACAGACCCUGAACUGAUCCCACCUUCACCCAAUGGGGAUGAUCCACCCCCAACGUCGCCGGAUCCCGUCGCUGGGCCAACUGUGUCUCAGGAGCUGGGGGAGGCGGGCCCAGCUUCUCCCUCCGCUUCCCUGGAAGCAAAGUGUGAUACUGCCAGGGACUCGAGUCCUCGAAUCGGGGAGCAAGAACUUUCUGAAAAUGCAAGCCUGCCUACAGAAGAAACGAAUGGCCCCGAGUUGGGCGCUGGAGAAGCUGUGGAAAAUAUGUCUGAGGAACCCGCUCCAGAGGGUGAGGGAGACAACAUUUGGAGCUACAGCUUCUCCCAGCUACCGCGAUUUCUUAGUGGUUCCUGGUCCGAAUUCAGUGCCCAACCUGAGAACUUCUUGAAGGGCUGUAAGUGGGCCCCGGAUGGUUCCUGCAUCUUGACCAGUAGUGCUGAUAACAUCCUGAGGAUUUAUAAUCUGCCCCCGGAGCUGUACAGUGAUGGGGAGCAAGUGGAAUGCACAGAAAUGGUCCCUGUCCUUCGAAUGGUGGAGGGUGAUACCAUCUACGAUUACUGCUGGUAUUCUCUGAUGUCCUCAUCCCAGCCAGAUACCUCCUACGUGGCCAGCAGCAGCCGGGAGAACCCAAUUCACAUCUGGGACGCCUUCACUGGAGAGCUCCGAGCUUCUUUUCGUGCCUACAAUCACCUGGAUGAGCUGACAGCAGCCCAUUCACUCUGCUUCUCCCCGGAUGGCUCCCAGCUCUUCUGUGGCUUCAACAGGACUGUGCGUGUGUUCUCUACAUCCCGGCCUGGCCGAGACUGUGAUGUGCGAGCCACCUUUGCAAAAAAGCAAGGCCAGAGUGGCAUCAUCUCCUGCAUAGCCUUCAGUCCCACCCAGCCCCUCUAUGCCUGUGGCUCCUACAGUCGUUCCCUGGGCCUGUAUGCCUGGGAUGAUGGCUCCCCUCUUGCCUUGCUGAGUGGGCACCGAGGGGGCAUCACCCAUGUGUGCUUUCAUCCUGAUGGCAACCGCUUCUUCUCAGGAGCCCGAAAGGAUGCCGAACUUUUGUGUUGGGAUCUCCGUCAGCCCAGUCACCCACUGUGGUCCCUGAGUCGGGAGGUGACCACUAAUCAACGCAUCUACUUUGAUUUGGACCCGAGCGGGCAGUUCCUAGUGAGUGGCAGCACCAGCGGGGCUGUCUCUGUGUGGGACAUCAGCGAGGCUGACAGCAAUGGGAAGCCAGAGCCAGUCCUGAGUUUUCUGCCGCAGAAGGAUUGCACCAAUGGAGUGAGCCUUCAUCCUAGUCUGCCUCUGCUAGCUACUGCCUCUGGUCAGCGUGUGUUUCCAGAGCCCACUGAAAGUGGGGAUGAAGAGGAGCAAGUGCUAGACCUUCCCCUGCUCUCCCUGCGCCAUGUCCACCUUGAGUAUCGGCUUCAGCUCUGGUGGUGUGUGGGGGAUCCAGACCCCAGUAACCCUGAUGACCACCAGGGUGAGACCAGACGAGGAGGGAUAGAGGGAGGUGGGGGUGAGCUUAUAUAA